AAAAAGGCGAAAAAAAGGAGUAGUUGCGGGUGGAAUACGCUGGAAUUCCGGUACAUGUAUUUGUGAGCUGCAGCACCUCUGCGCCUCCAUCAUGGUCCCUGCCCUCGCAGGCAUUCAUCCCACAGGCUAGAGGGUAAACCCCGUGUCAAUUCUCAACGCCCUUUCUUUCCCAAAUUUCCGGAGUUGGCUUUGGAAGGGAAAGAAACGGCGACAAGGUUUUCCGAGGACGGCGAUCAUCGAAAAUGAGCGCGGUUUCGGGUGUAGUGUCUCGCCAAGUUUUGCCUGCUUGCGGCAGUCUCUGUUUCUUUUGCCCCGGGCUGCGUGCCAGGUCCCGCCAGCCCGUCAAGAGGUACAAGAAGCUCAUUGCUGAUAUUUUCCCCAAAAACCAGGAAGAAGGACCAAAUGAUCGGAAGAUAGGAAAAUUGUGUGAAUAUGCUGCUAAAAAUCCUUUGCGGAUUCCAAAGAUCACAACCUCUCUUGAGCAAAGGUGUUACAAAGAAUUGAGAAAUGAGAAUUUUCAAUCCACAAAAAUUGUCAUGUGCAUUUACAAGAAAUUGCUGAUAACUUGCAAGGAGCAAAUGCCUCUCUUUGCGAGUAGCUUGCUCAGCAUUAUGCAUACCCUUCUGGAUCAAUCACGCCAAGAUGAAAUGCAAAUUAUAGGAUGCCAGACUCUUUUUGACUUUGUAAAUAAUCAGGUGGAUGGAACAUACAUGUUUAACUUAGAAGGAUUUAUUCCGAAACUCUGUCAGAUAGCUCAAGAGCCAGGGGAAGAUGAAAGGGCAAAUAAUUUACGUUGUGCUGCACUGCAAGCCCUUUCUUCAAUGGUUUGGUUUAUGGGCGAGAAUUCUCACAUAUCAGUCGAGUUCGAUAAUAUUGUCGCAGUGGUCUUGGAAAACUAUGGAGGUUUUAAGGAAGCUGAAGGUUCGCAGAUUCAGUGGGUGCAGGAAGUUCAAAAAGAUGAGGGUCAUGUUUCUCCACAAGAUGUCAGAAUCAGGAUUCCUCCUUGGAGUGCCAUUGUGGAUGCCAUAGGCGAACUAAAAGUAUCAGAGGAAGAUGCCAAGAACCUCUGUUUUUGGUCCAGGGUUUGCCUUCAUAACAUGGCAAAGUUAGCCAAAGAGGCUACAACAAUAAGACGUGUCCUGGAAUCUUUGUUCCGCUACUUUGAUAACGAAAACUUGUGGUCUCUUGAACAUGGGCUUGCCAUCUCAGUCUUAAAGGAUAUACAAUUCUUAAUGGAUAAUUCUGGGCAAAAUACCCAUGUUUUGCUAUCCAUCUUAAUCAAGCAUCUCGACCACAAAAAUGUCCUUAAACAACCCAACAUCCAGCUUGACAUAGUGGAGGUAACUACCUCCCUCGCUCUACAUGCCAAGGUUGAACCUUCUGUAGCAAUAAUUGGGGCUUUAAGUGAUGCCUUGAGGCAUUUGAGAAAGAGCAUCCACUGCUCUCUGGAUGAUGCCAAUCUCGGGACAGAUGUCAUCAAAUGGAACAAAUGCUUUAGAGAAGAGGUGGAUAAGUGCCUUGUACAGCUAUCAUAUAAGAUCGGAGAACCAGGACCAAUUCUUGAUGCUAUGGCUGUUAUGCUGGAGAAUAUUUCAACUAUUACAGUGAUAGCCAGAACUACAAUUGCUGCUAUUUAUCGUACUGCUCAAAUUGUAGCUUCCUUACCAAAUUUGUCCUAUCAAAACAAGGCUUUCCCAGAGGCAUUGUUUCACCAAUUACUCCCAGCUAUGGUUCAUCCAGACCAUGAAACACGUGUUGGAGCUCAUCGCAUCUUCUCUGUUGUUCUUGUGCCAUCUUCGGUUUCGCCUAAUCUAUUCUCAUCUAAUACCGGGACAAAAAGGGCCUUUGAUCUUCACAGGACACUCUCAAGAACUGUCUCUGUGUUUUCUUCUUCAGCUGCCCUUUUUGAGAAGCUGAGGAGAGAGAAAAUUUCCUCACGGGAAAGUAUUUGUGAAGAAGAUGAAAACAUUGUUCCGGAGGGGGAAGAAAGAGAUACCAAUAAUGGGUUUCUGAGCAGAUUGAAGUCAUCUUAUAGUCGGACAUAUAGUAUGAAAAGCUUGCCUGCACCUUCAACACCAAAUGAAAAUUCCAUGAGCAAUACUAAGGAACUUGAGGCUAAUUCCCUCAGGUUGAGCAGCCACCAGAUAACUCUCUUGCUUUUAUCAAUUUCGGCACAAUCCAUCUCUCCUGGGAACAUGCCUGAAAACUAUGAAGCAAUUGCUCAUACCUACAGCCUUGUAUUACUCUUCUCUCGGGCCAAGAAUUCCUGCAUUGAGGUUCUUGUUCGAAGUUUUCAGCUGGCAUUUUCCUUACAAAAUAUUUCUCUUAUUGAAGGAGGGCCAUUGCCACCAUCGCGUCGCAGGUCCCUGUUUACCCUGGCAACUUCAAUGAUUCUAUUUUUAUCAAAAGCAUACAAUUUUUUCUCUCUGGUUGAUAGAGUCAAGGCAGCACUGACGGAUAAAAAGGUUGAUCCGUUCCUACAUCUGGUUGAAGAGUACAAGUUACAGGCUGUUAAGGCUGGACCUGACCAUCCCACAUAUCUCUAUGGAUCCAAGGAAGAUGACAAUUUGGCAUUAAAAUCUCUGUCACAAAUAGUGAUUACUGAAGAGCAGAGUAGGGAAUCAUUUGCUUCUGCAAUUGUGAAGAGCUUGGACAAUUUGUCAGAAUCUGAAUUGUCUUCUAUAAAGGAGGAGUUGCUCAAUGAUUUCAUACCUGAUGAUAUCUGUCCACUAGGAGCACAAUUGUUCACGGAAGCUCCGAAAAAACUUUAUCAGGUUGAUUUCACAAAUAGCGAAUCUAUUAAGGAGGAUGCUCCAUUAUUUUCAAUGGAAGAUGAUUCUGUUCCAGGCUCAUCUAAUAGCCACCAGAAUAGUGUAGAGUUGUCUAUGGAUCUUCCCAUUCUUUUGAAUGUUAAUCAACUAAUGGAAUCGGUCCAGGAGACAGCAAAUCAAGUUGGAAGGUUUUCAGUCUCAACUAAACCUGAUGUAUCUUACAAGGAAAUGGCCGGCCACUGUGAGGCACUUCUGCUAGGAAAGCAGCAGAAGAUGUCCAAGUUCAUGAGUUCUCAAAAGAAAGAGGAAUGUUUGAUGAACUUCUCUUUACAAAAUCAUAAUGACUACCUGCAAGAGACAACGCCCGAUUCUUAUAUAGGCAUUGGUUCCCAUAGGAGCGGUAAUGCUUUUGCUGACCACACUGCCACUUCAUACAAACUACCGCCAACCCCAGGCCAUGUCCCAAUGCUUUGUGCAGCGGAAUACCAGCAUAAUCCCCACUCCUCCUUCAGACUACCAGCCUCAAAUCCAUAUGAUAACUUCUUAAAAGCUGCCGGUUGCUGACUCUGUAGAGGUAUGCAAGGAAAGGUGGUAAAAAGCUCAAAAGGGUCAGCAUCUCUGAGCAUGUCUAUUCUUUUUUUCUUUUUCUUUUGUUGGGGUUAAUUAUUCUCUAGGCUUUGUAAAGAGACUGUUGUUAUCAAAGAUCAGCGAAAGUUGUUAGCUUUUCAUUUCCAAUUCUUUCAUUCUUUUCCUUUUCCAAUACUGUAGACGAUAGUCAUGAGGAAGUAGCCUUAUUAUAUUGCUUCUUCCCUGAUUAUCUCAAGUUUCUGCAGCCUUCUAGCUUCUCUGUUAGUGAUUUAAACGUUUUUUUGUACAAAAGUUAAUUUAUUUUUCAGAAGUCAAUUUAUUUGUCACUAUC